AUGGCUCUUUCUACUGCUGCCGGUCCAGUCUUGGACGCCGCGAUAGUCCACGAGAAACGAAGCUCGAUAGCCGACAAACUUUCCUCGAACGCUGCCGAUAAGGAUGGAGUCCGCAUCGUUGCUCCACAUGAGUACAAGGAAGCCGCCGCCUGCCUAGCAGAGGCAUUUCGCCACGAUCAGAUCGUGCGGUAUGCGAUCGACACCCCCGAUCGGAUGCACCUCUCCGAAGAAGAGCGCUUUGAUUUGCACAGAGCCGCAAUGGAGUAUGUCACCUACGCCCACUGUCUUCAAGGACUGGUGUUGACGGCCGGGGACAAUUACGGUUGCGUGGCACUGUGGUUGCCGCCGGGCAAGAACAUUGACGACUGGUUCACGAUGCUACGGAGUGGCUUGUGGCGACUUAAUUACAAGUUGUCUAAGGAAGGAAAGAUCCGGUUUUUCGAAGAAUUCUUGCCCUUAUUGCACCAUACCAAGCAGGAAACGCUGGGCGAGAUGGAUAACAACUCCUGGUAUCUCAACUAUGUCGGAACCAAGCCCGAGUCCCGCGGGAAAGGGUAUGCACGCAAGCUGAUCGAAUAUGUCACGAAGCGGGCCGAUACUGAAGGGGUCCCCUGUUACCUCGAGAGCUCCCAUGAUAUCAACAUCAUUAUAUAUGGCAAGAUGGGAUUCGAGCUUCGGAAGCACAUCUAUUUGCGGCGAGCCGAGGGCAAAGAACUUCGAAUGGAUGUCAUGGUCAGGGAGCCACCAACGACCCGUGAGAAGGGUGACAACACUGCCACUUUGAAGUCAGUGUGA